AACGGCAAGCGCUUCCUAUUUCCAGUAACGGUAUUUUAAACAAUGAGUCUUCCCGCGUACACAGCAACCCCAAUCCAACUCUUUCAGCUUCCCAAACAACCACCACUUCUUAACCCACUUCCAAACCCAUCCCACUCCACCUCUCCCAAUCCAACCCAUCACAAGAAACACUCUGUCUAUCCGGAUAAAAAGACCCAAAAGCCCAUAGACCGCACUGUUUCAUGGACCUCCUCCAUAUCCCACCGCUGCCGAAAUGGUCAAUUGGCUGAAGCUGUUGCGCAUUUUAUCCAAAUGAGACGAGCCGCCGUCGAGCCAAACCAUAUCACAUUCGUUACGCUUUUCUCCGGCUGUGCCCAUUUUCCAUCGAAGGGUGUGUUGUUUGGGGCUUCGCUGCACGCUUAUGCCCGGAAACUCGGCUUGGAUACAAAUAAUGUGAUGGUGGGCACGGCGGUGAUUGAUAUGUACGCAAAGUGUGGUGGGGUGGAUUUUUCUAGGCUUGUUUUUGAUGGGCUGUAUGUGAAGAAUUCAAUGUCUUGGAAUACGAUGAUUGACGGGUAUAUGAAAAAUGGCGAGGUUGACGAUGCGGUCAAGCUGUUUGAACAAAUGCCACAGAGAGAUGCGGUUUCUUGGACUGUUUUGAUUGGUGGGUUUGUCAAGAAAGGUCAGUUUGAGCAAGCGUUGGAGUGGUUUCGGGAGAUGCAGCUCUCGGGUGUGGAACCAGACUAUGUAACCUUAAUUGCUGUAAUUGCUGCUUGUGCUGAUUUGGGAACGCUUGGAUUAGGCUUGUGGAUAAAUCGGUUUAUUAUGAAGCAAGAUUUUAGAGACAAUAUUAGGAUAAGUAACUCGUUGAUCGAUAUGUAUUCUCGAUGUGGUUGUAUUGGUUUUGCUCGUCAAGUCUUUGAGAGCAUGCCCAAAAGGACAUUGGUAUCAUGGAACUCGAUGAUUGUGGGCUUUGCAGUUAAUGGGCAUGCAGAGGAAGCUCUCGAGUUCUUCAACCUCAUGCAGAAGGAGGGGUUCAAGCCAGACGGGGUCAGCUUCACUGGAGCUCUGACUGCGUGCAGCCAUGCCGGUUUAGUCAACGAGGGGCUCCAUUACUUUGAUAACAUGAAGAGAAUUCAUAGAAUAACCCCAAGAAUUGAGCAUUAUGGGUGUGUAGUUGAUCUGUAUAGCCGUGCAGGGAUGUUGGAAGAUGCCCUGAAUGUAAUCGAAAACAUGCCAAUGAAGCCAAAUGAAGUUGUGGUGGGUUCUUUGCUAGCUGCAUGUAGAGCCAAUGGGAAUAUCAAUUUAGCUGAAAGAUUAAUGAAGUACCUCUAUGAGUUGGAUCCAGGUGUGGAUUCCAACUAUGUGCUUUUGGCCAAUAUAUAUGCAGCGGAUGGUAGGUGGGAUGGUGCAAGUAGAGUUAGGAAUACCAUGAAGGCCCUCGGAAUACAAAAGACGCCGGGGUUUAGUUCAGUUGAGAUCGACUGUGACAUUCAUGAAUUUGUAGCCGGUGAUAAAUCCCAUGUUGACGCAGAGCAUAUAUAUUCAACCCUUGAGCUUCUCUCUUUUGAGCUCAAAUUAUGUGGGUAUGUUCCAAAAACAAUUCUGAGGGAAUCAUACGAGUUUGACUGAUACUUGGGUUAUCUGAAGGUUCUUGGAAGGAAGCAGAAAGCAGAGGGAUCAGCUAUACUUAGCCUUCAGGACAGCAAGGGCAGUAUUCCUGCAAGGCCUAAUGGAUUUUCGGAGUCUCUUACUUUUGCUGAUGGUCGAUGAGGAAAGCUUUAAUUGGAUAUCCAGCGGGUACUACCAUAUAGGAUAUGAUAUUCCUUUCGAUUGUGCAUAUGUGCCAAUCUCAUACACACAGACGCUUCAUCAGUAUUAUCAGGAGCUGUUACUUGAGCUAUGUUGAUGAUAACAUGAAGAUAAUUCACAGAAUAACCCUGAGAGUCGAGCAUUAGGAGUGCA